AGCUGGUAACGAUGGUGCCAUGCAUGCACGAGGCGUUGCAGGAUGGAGAAGGCAGUAUAGUACUACUCCUAGCUAGUUCUAUAAAUUAACAAGCAUUUGGUCCAUGCCUGGAUGCCCCGAGUGCGUGUCAGCGUGUGUGUGCUCCGAUCAGAUCUGGCUUGUAUAUAAAGGCCACCCAAUGCAGCAGUUUCUUGCAGCGCAGGCCGCGAGCAGCAACAGCAGCAGCCCAGCUCCACCGCCGCCUCCCCUGCGCUCGAGGCCGACGAGGAGAGAGCCGCAGCAAAGCGUCAACAAGGAGGCAGCAGCCAUGGCCGACGAGCAGCAGGAGCUCACCAGGGCCUUCUCAGGGCUGGGCGGUCUGGGGGUGGAGGAGACGGCGCUGGUGUCGGCGCUGGGGCGGUGGAGGAAGCAGCCGGAGAAGCGGGCUUCGUUCCGGCGGGGCUUCCCGGGCUUCUUCUCCCCGGCGCCAACAGCGUCCGGCGGCGCGAUAACGAUCGAGCGUUGCGAGGACGAGUACGUGCGGCACCUCAAGACGGAGUUCUCCCGGUUCAAGAACCUCAUGGUGCUCUGGGCGAUGCACCCGUGGGAGCGCGACGCCCGCUGGGCGCACCGCGCGCUGCACAAGCACAAGAAGCACCAGGGCUCCGGCUGCAUCCUCGUGGAGCUCGCCUGCACGCGCUCCGCCGAGGAGCUCCUGGGCGCCCGCCGCGCGUACCACGCGCUCUACAGCCGGUCCCUCGAGGAAGACGUCGCCUACCGCCUCAAGGAAACGGAGCACGCCGGGCUCCUCGUCGGCCUCGUCGCCGCAUACCGCUACGAGGGCGCCCGCGUCAGCGAGGAUCUCGCCACGGAAGAGGCCAACGCGAUCUCGGCAAAGCCCGGCAAUAAUGAGGUGCUGGCGCGGGUGCUGGCUACCAGGAGCAAGCCACAGCUCCGGGCGACCUUCAGGAUCUACAGGGAGAUCCAUGGAAAGCCGCUGGAAGAGGACCUUAUCGCUGUUGGUGGAAUAUGCCUGCAGGAAGCUGUGAGGUGCCUGGACGCGCCGGCCAAGUACUUCGGCGAGGUGAUCGCGGGGGCGUUCAAGGAGGGCGCGGACAAGCAGGCCAAGGCGGCGCUGACCAGGGUCGUCGUGUCCCGGUCUGAGGCCGACAUGGAGGAGAUCAAGGAGGCCUACGUGAAGCAGCACGGGGCCAAGCUCGUGGAUGCCGUCGCCAAGAACACCCACGGCCAUUACAGGGACGCGCUGCUCGCCAUGAUCGGCAAGUGAUCCGUCGACCAAGCUAUACCUGAAUUAGCCGGCCGGAGCCCCGCGUGCGUGCACGAUGGAUCGAUUUAAAUUUGCUUUCGUUUGGUUUCUUUGCGUUAUUAACCUCGGAUAUGAUGUGUGGUUUGCAAUAAAAUCCCUAAGUUUGCUUUCCGAAUAAA